GUCUCUCUCCACUUGGAGACCACACCUAACAGAGCUUGCACUUUUCUCCGUCCUUGCAAACCUUAGUUUCCUCGCACCCCAAAUUCCCGGCCUUGGACGUGGGAUCCUCUUCCUUCCUUGUCUCAACCCCUCAAAUUUUGGCGUCGCUCGAGUUGAACGGCGGGAACCGGAAGUGUGCAUCAGCGGCUGGUCUCCGGAGAAUCGACGCCGGAAGUAGCAGCUGCCACAGGAGGAUUCCGCCAGCUUUGAUAUGGCGGCGAUCCCUCCAGACUCCUGGCAGCCGCCCAACGUAUACUUGGAGACCAGCAUGGGAAUCAUUGUGCUGGAGCUGUACUGGAAGCAUGCUCCAAAGACCUGUAAGAACUUUGCUGAACUGGCUCGUCGAGGUUACUACAAUGGCACCAAAUUCCACAGAAUCAUCAAAGACUUUAUGAUCCAGGGAGGUGACCCAACAGGGACAGGUCGAGGUGGUGCAUCUAUCUAUGGCAAGCAAUUUGAAGAUGAACUUCAUCCAGACUUGAAAUUCACGGGGGCUGGGAUUCUUGCAAUGGCCAAUGCAGGGCCAGAUACCAACGGUAGCCAGUUCUUUGUGACCCUAGCUCCCACCCAGUGGCUUGACGGGAAACACACCAUUUUUGGCCGUGUGUGCCAGGGUAUAGGAAUGGUGAAUCGAGUAGGAAUGGUGGAAACAAACUCCCAAGACCGCCCCGUGGACGAUGUGAAGAUCAUUAAGGCAUACCCUUCUGGGUAGACUUGCUGCUCUCUUGAGCACCCCCAGGUCUUCUGAGAUGACCCCAGCGAACCAAAUUCCAGAUGACCUAGAACGACACGUAACUCUAAACUUCAUUUUGGCCUUGCAGAUCGUGGCGCUGAGGAGGCCUGGGGUCUUGGGUGAGUUAGAGAUGGAAGUGUAUUUUAAUAGGAUACUUCUUUUGUGGUCCCCAGUGCCUGUGUUAACAGAGCAUUUGCAGAGAUGUCCAUUUAUGACCCUUCACGGGUUACUGCUCACUGCAAAUGACUCAUACUGCUCCUUCUUGUGGUAUCUGCUCUGUGUACUUGAAACUAAGUGAAGCCAACUCUGUCAUUCCAUAGUGCCUAAUCAACCUCUUCUUGUGGAAAUUUAUAUUCUGGUCUACACUGCAGUGUUUGGUGGCUGACAGCCACAGAAUUCGAAACAAGUAGUGUCUAUCAGCUGUCUUAACUGUGUGCGCCCCCCGUUUCAGUCUCUUGCAUUUAUUCUUCCAGGGAUUGUAUGCAUCUCUAUAUAUUUUCCCUCUCAAAACCAGAACAACACUGCUGUUUCUGACACUUAGACAUCCCACGCAAAGCCACAUUGAAUUUUUGCCAAAUGAAAAGUGCAUCCAACAAUCAAGUUUCUAAGAAGGUGUCAAGUGGGGAAUGAUAAUGUGUAAUAAUCGAGAAAAGAAUUUAUUAAAAAGAAGCAGAAGCAUUGACCAUUUUUUUCCCUAGGAAGGAGUAGAAAUCUGUAGUGAGCAUAAGGACAGACUUAUGAAUUCUCCUUAAAAAGCAGUAUUCUCAUAAAGGAGAAGCACCACUUGAAUUUUUUAAAUCUAAGACUUUAAGGAAACUAGAUAAGAGAUUUUAUAUUUUUUUUUAAUUUUUCUGAUUUUUUAGGGAGGGGGUGGUUAGAGAAAGGCAGUUAAUACCUAUGUAAUAUAUAGAAAAUUCCAAAAUAAAAUGCCAUUGAUGGCUGAAAUCA